AUGGAAGUCGUUUCUCUUGCACGCGGUGAUCUAGGUCCUUUUACUGCUCCUUCGACUGCUCCCUCAACACGACGCACCUCGCGGGCUUCGUCUUCACCCAGCGGCGAGAGCAGAACUCCUUGUUCGGCUGGUGAAACAGACUUUACAAUUCGAAUGCCAACUCCAAGCCCCCAGCCGACAUUGCCUGCCGAGUCGCCCAACUUUGCCGUCAAAAACGCUCUCUCCAAGGCGACAAACGAUGUAAACUGCUCUCAGACUCCAAAACCCGCACGACCUAUCAGACCGCCCAUGGGCCGUUUCCACAGCUCUGACGCGGCGAAACCAGUCCCUCUCGAGACGCGAUUCCCCUCACCAACAUCUCAGAACUCAUCCCAGAGCUCGCGGGACCAAUCCCCCUUGCGGGAGAACGACAGCCCUCUACCACUCGCGAAGGGUGAAACUCGACGGAGAGCAGUCAGCUUGGGAGAUGCACAAACCAGUGCUGGCAUGCAGCCUACCUCAACACAUCCUCGAGCCAAGAGCGUGCACGACAGCACGUUCAAUUUCCUAUCGCAAGCCACAAACACCCCAAACGUCAGCAGCGCUAAAACGGCCAAUUACGGCACUCACCGGUGGCACGCACUCAUGGAACUGGUGUCAACGGAAGCCGGUUAUGUCAAGGAUCUCAAGAUUCUUGUGCGGAUCUACCUGGCUCAACUACCUUCUGUAGAAUCGCUUGCCGAAGCAGACAGGAUGGAUAUUGCGCGCAACGCUGCAGCCCUGUUAGAGCUCCACAAGAACCUCGCUCGACGGUUCAACACAAUUGUCGACGAGGAAAGGCUGCGCGAACUAGGCCCCGGAACUGUUUCAAAAGCUGCACAACAAAAAUUGGAGAGCGCUGUGAAUAGAGUGGCUUCCAUAUUUGUUAAAGAGGCAUCAUCAUUUCACCUCUACGAAGCAUUCUGUGCCGGACAUUCCCAUGCGUUGGAUAUUAUCCGCCACGUACAAACGCUGCCGGAGUGGGAUAUGUAUGAGAAGCGUUGUGCAAUCAUCGUUGCGAAAGAACGAGCAAACGCCGAGGCGAGGUCUCCAGACUCUAACACCAUGGCGACAUCCAACGCUCCAACUUCUUCAGUCUCACGGCGCCACUCGAUUGAUACAGGGCCCACGGCCGACCUCUCGAUAUCAAAGUUGACCAUGCUUGACUUUCUGAUCAAGCCUGUUCAACGAAUAUGCCGCUACCCCCUGAUACUCGGCCAACUUCAACGACCGGCCGCCUCGAUCGAGCCGUCCUCUCCCGUCAAUCUCGCCAUACCGGACCCUGCAAAGUCCGGAAUCGAGCUACAAGCGUUAAAAUCGAUGAGAGAAGUGGCGGCAAAGGUGGAUGAGGCGAGAAAGAGAUCUGAUAUCGCAAUCAAGACGAAAUUGCUCCUUGUUCGGAUAUCCGAUCCGCCGCUUCCACAGAUGAGCAGUCUUGGAGAUUGCCUUUUGGCCGGCUCGCUAGACGUUGUCUACCAUCAUGAGACGGUUGCGCCUCUCGUCCCUCCAAUCAAAGUCAAGUAUCUUGGCGUCUUUCUCUACGGUGGAUGGAUUUUGUUCGUCAAAGUUCAUAAGAACAGGACGUAUGAACCACGACACUGGUUUCCUUUGGCGACGGUGACUCUUCAAGAGAUUACCGAGGAAGAAGCUUUGCUCCCUGCCUCUUUUCGCUUGUCUUGCGGUGAACACCACUUUGAAGUCGUCGCCGCGUGUGCUUCGGAAAAGACCUUGUGGAUGGACAAGAUCAGGACAGCCCGUGUCAACUCGUUGCUUCGGCCAAGCGAGCUGCCAUCCAGUCUUGAAAGCCCCACGCCUAAACCUCCGACACCGAUCAAAUCGCCCAAUCGACCUCCGUCUCGGAAACUGACCACACCGGUGACAGCUCCAUCUGAUAGCGUCGUUUCACCUCCGAAGCGACGAUCAUCCCUUGGCGCAUUGGAAAGUUGGCAAAUCUAUCUUGACAAUCCGCAUUUGCUCUCGGCACUAGACCCGGCAUCCACCGAACUCACGUCACCGCUCUUGGCUUCGCCGCCGCCGUUGCCCAUUACACCCGCACAGAUGAAAAAGCUACUCGAGGGAGACGCCUCGACGAUCCUUAUUCGGCGAUCGUCCGCCAACUACCGCAAGACGGUGGAUUCAAGUUUGAGCGAUGUCUUCUUUGAAGAGUGCCAGACGGUGCGUGUGCAGGCGCAGAUGAAAGAACCACUCUUUCAACCUCCGAAACUCACCGCAGAGUCUGGCUCGGCAACUGCGGCACGCGACAAGGUGACACGUCGAGAGAGCGUUCUCUUACGCAGGCAACGAAGUGUGGCAGAGGGAACACCUCUCGUUUCUCCAACUUCCUCUGGAUCCAAGUUUGGCCUUGCGCGCAACAAGUCGGCUCACUCGAUGGGUUCAAAGGAGAUGCGAAGGCGUACAUUAGCUAUUCCCUUUUCUUCAUUCUUCGAGGAGCGCGAGGAGGAAAAGUCCAAGAUGGAACAGUCACGCCCAGCGACUGCAGAUUAUGGCAACUUUUCGCAGCCAUCAACUCCCGUCAUGGCUGAAUUUGAUCCAUCUCCCAACGACGGAAUCACCUUUAUCGCCCGUAGAAAGCGCACCAGACGGUCUAUCAGUAUCGCAGAUAGGGUGGAAUCGCCCGAACCCGUGGCAACGCAUCCAGCACCACCACCAACUUCAGCACUCGGGCUCAACACCUUGAAGGAACUCCCGCCUAUUCCUGUGAAGAGACGAAGCACGAAUCUCACAUAUUCCCUGCGAAGGCCUGGUUCGGACCUUGGUCGAUUCGCAACGUUUAGCGGGACUAAAUCUGGCAAACGCCCCCACAGCACUCCUCUCCCCGUCUAUAUUGUUGGUCAGGGUAUCAGCAAUGUUCAACCGGUCCAAGGAGGUCCAACCGAAAAAUCCAAGCUCCGUCCCGCUACCAUUUUCCGAAAAUCGUGGACGCUUUUGGCUGCAAAGUCUAGCCGAGGUGCAAGUGGCUUGAGCAAUCUCUUUAAUCGUUCCUCUCUCAGUAUCUCUCGGGAAGGAGACACGGACUCGUCGAUAGCACACCGUGCACGCUCUGAGCCAGCUUCGACGCCACCCCGACGCAUCUCUGCCUCGACACCUACACUCGGCGAAGGGUUGACGACCUGGGAGAUAGUGUCCGAGGCUGGUUUACUCAAACGGCCCGAUAUGCCACGUUCAGCGUCCGACACCUCCAGCAUUUCCGAUAUCCCACCUGUUCCACCCCUUCCACGUCAUUCACAGCAUCUCCAACCCUCCCCCAUGUCAUCCAUCCGUCGUCGAAGCUCGCAAUUUGUCCAGCAUCUCAAUCGGCUUAGCUAG